CCGAGACAGCCCUCACACACUGGCACACGCACGCUCAGAUAUAGCUAUAUGUUCUGGUCGACGGGGCGCUCGAUAACUUGCGCAGUAUCGCCGCAGCGCGUGCAUCGCUUCACAAGCCCUGCCUGUCAUCCCAUCUGCCCUGCACCGCAGGCCGCUUCCAUCCGCACGCCCCUCUACUCGCGCAUCAGCACCGCAGCACGCCAGGUCUGCCGCCGCAGCGAUGGCAGAGCGGCCCGACGAUGCCCGGCGUGCCGACAACGCGCCGCGCACGCGCGCCUUCUAUGCCACUUCCGUCUUGUCCAGCCGUGAUGGGCGGAAGAACAGCUUCGUCGUCAUCGACCUGCCGCCCGUCGCGGCACCUGGACCUCCGGCUGCCGAGCCGGCAGCGCUAGACUCCGCUGCCACGCCGUCUCCACCCGCCGAGGCUGCACCGCUGCGCUUGCUGCGCCUCUUUCGCCUGUACUGCGACCGGGCAUUUGCCUUUCUAUGGGAGGAUCUCUUCGCGCAGUCCGAUCACGAGGAGGAGGUCCCGCCACCGACGCCAACAACCUUGCCUCGCAACAGUGGAUCAACAGAGAUUACGGAGCGGCAGCACGCCAUGCUCACGGCGAUGAACGUAUCUCUUGUUUCCUCCGGCGUCGGUGUCAGCGAUGCGCCGGAUCGCUGGAGCGAGGCCGCCGCAUCGCUCUCGUCGUCUCGGAUGGAAGAGCCUUUCAUCGAGGCGGCUCGCCUCGUCGAGAGCUUGGCCACUGCAGAUGACCCGACGGGUCUCUCGCCCACCUUCCUGAGCCUCGAGCAGGGCCGCAUCGUCCUGCAACUGCACACGCUGCGGCAACUGCCAUCCGCAGAAACGAUUCUCGGGCGUCACGAGCGGCCGUCUGAAGUCGAGUGGACUCGGUCGUGGCUCAAGUGCAACCGACCCGUGAUCAACGGCAUGCUCGAGCUGGUCCGCAUUGCGCGAAACGCGCAGACGCCGUCAUCGCUGCCGCCGCUUCCGCCGCUGCGCCUAGUGGGCGUCGAGGACGCAGCCCGCCACGGUCGUCCCCACCUCUGGUCCCUGGUCAGGCCAGCCCUGUUGCUCUUCAGCGGCAACCAAGUGGCCGGUCUGCUCGAGAUCAAGAACCGUGACCCAGCGUCGCUCGCUCGCGCCACGCGCUUCGUCAGCACCGCCACGCGUGCGGCUUCGCUCGCGAUCGACAAGCAGCUCAUCGAACAGCUGUUCGUGCAGACCGCCAGCCCUAAUGUCGUGUGUGCUGCGAUACUGGGCGACUACGGCCAGGCCUUCGUGCCGUUCGAGCUUCAGCGAGAGCGCGACUCAUCGCAAGGCGUGAAUGCGCCUGCUGGUUCAAGCGAGUCCCGAUGUGCGGCCGCCGAGGGCUCGUCAGAUCAGUGCAAGGGACCUGUCUACCCGCCGCGCCAAUACCGCAUCUCCUUCGCGGACGAGGCUACUUUCGCGGAACUGUCCCCGGGAGAGCGAAUGCCCGCGGCGGCCAAUUCUCCGGAGUCUCCGCAGCAGGUUCGCUGGACAUCGGACGGCAACAUGAUCAUGUCGAUCGUCAGAUGGGCCCUCUACGCACAGCUUCGCUCCCAAGAGUCGUCGCCUGUCGCUACUCACGGCCAUAUUGAGACGUGGAUCUGCAUACAUGUCUUUCCGGCGAGCUUCCAAGCGCAAACUCGCGCGGCUCGACCGCGGUCCGGCGAGAAGCACAGUCAAGGACGGCCUCCCAAGCGAAAUCGCAUGUCUGCGGCGCAGGCGGCAGCUGACGGCGGCGCGCAUGAAGGCGCAAUUGCGAGCGCUUCGCCUGAUGCGAGAUCGUCCGGUGCUUCUAGUCGCUCAGCGCGCACGGCCCUGAAGACUCCCGACCUCUCGUCACUCCUCAUCCCGGAGGGUGAGUUCGCUCGGCCCCGCAAGUUGUCCGCCUCGAGUGCCGUCGACACGUCCUUCUACGCCUCGCCGGACCGCAGCGAGGACGUGGACGAGGCAUCACAGACGGACGUGUCUCUCUCCAGCGACAAUUUUGGCUCCGUGAGCAAUGCCUCGGUCGUGCCUUCCGAGCCCGCCGGCCGUAGCCUGCCCCGGCCGGGCGACAUCGGCGACUAUCUCUACGUCGCGCUCGCCCCUUUCUCUCAGAGCAACUACGCAAACGUGUAUCGCGCGUGGCGCUCGUCAUGCUACACUCAGCUCGACCCGGCUCUGCCGCAGCCGUAUCUCCGCACAGUUGCGCCUUCGGGCGCAUCAUCUUGCAUGGUCAAGGCGCCGCGUCAGACCGAUGCGGGGCUGAUCGCCGAGGACGAGGACGAGUGGCAGCGCAGCCGGCGCGAGGAUCGCGAGAAGGACGCCAUCCGCCGGGCGUCGUACGAGGCCGACGCCUACGCCGCGCUGGCGCCGCUGCAAGGAGUCGUCAUCCCGCGCCUGCUGUACGCUGGCCCCUUCGAGCUAUGCCUGCAGGGCAAGAUCCCGGUGCUGCUGCUCGAGGACGUCGGCGGCGCUCCGCUGUACGCGGUCGAUCCGGCCACAGUGGUCGUGUCCGACGUGCGGGCCGCUGUCGUCGCAGCAUAUGUGCAGCUACAUGCUGCUGGCUGGUGUCAUCAUGAUGUUGCUCAGCGCAACAUCAUGCUGCUUGACGACGGGAGAGCUGUCAUCAUCGACCUAGAGACUGCGCGCCGCGAAGCCGAGCAAUAUGCCGAAGGGGAGAUGAUGAUGCUACACGAGAUGCUGAACAAGUGGGAAUCAGCCGCGCCUGACUCAGACUAUGAGAGCUAUUGA